GCCGUGAGGCAUCUGUAGUAAGCGCACGCGCUUGUCUGUUAGAAUUAUAAUUCCCAGUGCUUCCCAAACCUCGGUUACGAUGUUCACCUGUAUCAGUUGCAAUAAGGAGCACUCAGAUGGGCCGGUGUGCUGUGUUUGUAAGAACCAGUUCGACUUCGCAUGUGCCGGCGUCACAGAAACCGGGUUUAGAAGACUGGGUGAAAGAAGAAAUAACUGGCGGUGCCCUGGGUGUAAGUCCGGAUCUUCACUUUCGCCUGCCGCAACAUCCCCAAUGCCUUCCCAGUUGGACAGUAUACAGGAGCAGUUGAGUCGGAUCACUUUCCAGCUGGAGCCGUUGAAGUCUCUCUCGGCAGAUGUUGCCGUUAUCAAGGCCGAAAUGUCAGAUUUAAAAGAUUCUGUUGAAAUGGCUCACUCGGCUUUUGCGUCUUUGGAUGCUCGCGUCAAAAGUGUUGAAAAGGCUUUGACAGAGAUCCCUGAUUUGCAGGAGGAAGUAUGCAGACUGCGGCAAGAGCUUGAGGAUAGGGAUCAGUGGGCUCGAGCGAACAAUGUCGAGAUCCGUGGGGUACCCUUAAGGAAGGGAGAAAAUCUAUAUGAGAUUGCGGAAAGGAUAGGGGAGUUGAGUAAUUUCCCUAUAAGAAGGGACUCUAUAAGCUACAUUGCGAGGAUACCUACUCGAGUGCCUGAUGCUGAGAAACCUAUAAUAAUAUCGUUUAAUAAUAGAUAUAUUAAAGAAGAUUUGGUGGCGUCCGCGCGUAAAAGCAAGCAGCUUACGCUCGCAGGUUUGGGUUUCUCUGCUACUGGUCCGUUCUACGUAAACGACCAUCUGACCCAGAAGAAUAAGACCUUGUUAAGUAAGGCGAGAUCACUGGCUCGAGAGACGGAUUUCAGAUAUGUUUGGGUGAAGCAUGCAAAAAUUAUGGCCAGAAAAUCCGACACGUCACCUGUUUUUAUUAUAAGAAACGAAAAAGACCUUUUAAAAAUAGUUUAACUUUGUUUCUUGAAUGCGUUAGACUCCCGAAGUUGCAGUCUUUUAGAUUUUGUUAUAAACUUGUAAGCAGAUUGAGAACCAUGCGUGCAUUCCUUCCUUUGUGUUUUUAUGUGAGUCGGCUCGGUGGAGCGGGCUACCUGUUUCCGCAGGUAAGUGCUCGUAGGCAACGGCAGUGCGCGCCGCAGCUUCGACUGUGCGCACGCGUUGCAAGAAAUACAUUUGUAUGUUGGAGAUUUGACUGCGCACUUCGCAGUUUGUUUACAUCGCAUGUCAUUAUUUACGCUGAGCUUACGGUAUUUCUUAUAACUCUCCAUUCACUCGCCUGCGUUCUAUGCAAUUUAUUCUUCGGCUUAAAUUCCUUAUUUGCAUUUAGUUUUACCUGGAUGCUAGGACACUUUUUUCGGCUAAAUAGUUAUAUUUAUUUUGCAUAUUUCUCUCAGACUAUUUUAAAUCCUCAUUUAUCGCCAAACGUUAGUUUAAUUUAUCUUUGUUAUAAUUUGCUUAGUGCCAGUGCAGUAUCUGUCAGUAAUAUUUUUAUUUGUAGGUUUUUGAUGUCAUUGUUUAUUUUAAGUAUUAAACUGAUAACGUACAUAAAUUAUUUGCUAUAUGCAGUACCUUGUGUCGGAACUGAUAAUAUUAUUAUAUAUAGUUCGCAUAAGUUACUUAUGUUAUAUAUAAAUAUUAUAGCUAUAGUUAAUUAUUUUUAUUUUAUCGUUAACGCAUUCGGUACUAUUUUUAUUUUAUGUAAGAUUGUGACGUUAAGUAAAAGUAGAUUGUCGUUUUUCGUUUAUUUACAUUAUUUCCUUAUAUAUUUUGCAAUUGUUCACUGUAAUAUUAUUAUCAAUUUCUUGAUAAUAUCGAUAUUGAAUAGAAGACUUGUAUUGAAUACAUGUUAUUUAUACAGAUUUCUGUAUAAAUCGAUUAGUUACAAUGCUGACAUUAAUAUUAUUUUUAUCUGGUAUCUAGUACUGAGGUUCAUUAUAUUAUCUACUAUAGUCUUUACAAAGUUUCUACUUAGACUUAUGUUGAUUAUUAUUAAUUGUGGAUUCUAAUAUUAAAGUUUUUUACCAAAAUACUCGAGGGCUUCGUACAAAGACACAAAUAUUUAAACGUAAUCUUUUAUUAACAUCUUUUGACAUUGUUUCGCUGACAGAGACGUGGUUGCUUGAGGGUUUGGGAGACAGUGAGUUGUUUGAUGAUAGGUACGUAGUAUUUAGACGGGAUAGAAAUUACGAAA